AAAAAUCCACAUUGGACUCGUCCAAAGAUGGCGGAGAUAUCUGUCAACGAGAAGUGAAAACUUUCCCUCAAGAAUGGGAAUAUAUCCCUUUUAAAAGACAUUUAUUGCCUUGGUUCGUUUAAUUUGACAUCGGUGCUGCUUUAACAGACAUAUCAUUGCCUGGUUUUGAGUUCUCCUUUUGUCUCACGCAAUUUUUUUGACGAAUAGCAAGUCAACCCGCCUUGAACAACUGCUGUCUUUUAAGUGUGCUAACGUUAGCUGUCCGGCUAACCGCUGAGAGAUUCCACUCGCCAGGGAUAAACUCGCGCCAGGUAACACGCUUAAUCUCAAGUGGAUACUACCCCGAACAUAUUUUUCACAGAAAGCCGGGUUUAACGCUGAAUUCACCCGCGAGGUAUUUGUCAGUUUCAGCGCUUCCGUCUAACGUUACAUGCUCACGUCACUCGCUUCCAUGUAAGUUUGAUGUUUUUCCAUGAGCACUGGGCGGAGAGGAUUUUGAUUUGCUUGUACCUUCUGUCCUAGCAAAUCAAUGGAGAAGCUUCAAGACCUCAGUCAGUCCGAGUUGCAGGAUCUGCUGGACAACUCGGAACGGGUGGAGUCUAUGGCAUUAGAAUCUGACGAGAUUCAAAAUAUUCAGCUGGAGAGGGAAAUGGCACUUGCGGCCAACCGCAAUCUGGCCGAGCAAAACCUUGACAUUAGACCCCGUCUUGAAAAAGAAAGAGCUCGGUUGGUGGACAAAUACACUGAACUUGAGGAAGUGAGAGAUAAAUACAAACAGCAAUGUGUCCUGAGAGACUGUAUAAAGGGGCAGGUGUCUCCAGAGGGGCUGAUGACUCGUCUGCAGACAGAGGGCGCCAACACAGAGGCAGAAUCAGAAACUCUAGCAGAUGAGUUUCUUGAAGGUUCGAUAUCGCUGGACUCUUUCCUUGAACGCUUCCUUUCCCUCCGUUGCCUCGCUCAUACAAGACGAGUGCGUAUUGAAAAGAUGCAAGAAAUUCUCUGCCAAAAAAGCAAAGGGAUAAGAGAUGCUCCAAUGACAUCACAACCCUGUGCUAAUCAGGAUGCUGGAUCAUCAUCAGCGUGGCAACAGCCGCAGCCUCAACAGCAACAAGGCUCCAACAUUAACUCGCCCUCCAAUGCCACCAGUUCUGCUGUUCCCUACUCCCCCUACCCAGUUGUACCCCCAAACCACCCCCCUACAGCCUCCACAGCAGGCCCCACCAACUCAAACACAGCGUUUCAGCCAUACCCCAGCCAGGGUGCCCCCUUUCCACCAAUGACAGGCUACUCCGCCCCCAGGCCCGCUUUUGGUCCUACCGCUUGUCCAUAUCCCACUCAGCCCUCAUUUCCCGGGCCACCGUUUGGGCAGUUUGGUCCCACGCCUGACCCGUACCCAAGUCCACACCCUUAUGGAGGGUAUAGCUACCCCUCGGGCCCCCACGGGCCAUCAACCCAGUCACCAACAGGUAGACCUCUUUAUAGGCCAGGUUUUGGAGUCCCACAACAAUAUUCCUGAGCCACUCUGUGUAUGUCACUGUCUUUUUCUCUCAUUACUCUCCCACUCGUCUCUCGCCCUUCUCCUCUUGCUCUGCCUUUCCUUACCCUCAGAUUUGUGGUUUGUGUACCCGUGUCACAUCCUGUACCUGUCUGAGGCUUUAAAAGAACACUUGAGAAUGGGUGUGCUUGUUCCCCCCUGUGAAACUUCAAAGAAAGACUCGGUCAGAGACUCUGUAUGGGCUUCACAGGUUUUGCAGGCUCAGUUCCAGACCAUUUAAAGCAUGUUUCUCAAACCGAUUUGAAGAAAUCACUGAUAUGUUAAUAUUUUUGAAGAUGAGAUUUUUUUUUUUUGACAAAAUUGCAUUGCAGCUCAACCUCGAUUUCAGUGGUUUUGCUGAGAUAAACAGGUCACACUACGCAGAGCAUUCCUUUAGCAUUAAGGCAUCAAUAUAUACCCUUUGCAGUCCAAAAAGCACAGCAUUGUCAUUCUAUUUUAACUCGGAUGUAAACUAUUUAUUGAAGCUGAGCUUAUUCUGUAUCAUAAUUAUAUUUUUGCAAUUUCCAUAUGUGCAAAUUUCACCAGUUUUGUAAAUUUGGCUGGGUGCAAUCAUGGGUUCUGUUACGAAUGUGUACCAAUGCACCAAUAGAUGACUCCAUCCAUUACCUCCUUUGCUUAAUUUUCUCUUUUUUUUCUUCACACCCUUCCACUCCACCUAUUUUAAAUAUAGCUUGACAGUGAUCAAAAAGCAUAGAUUAUUACCGUACGUUCUCUAGUAGACACAAUGUAAUUUGUAUUAAUGGAUAUGUAAAGAGAAAUCAGAGAGUAAGGGGUUAUAACAUAGACAUACUGUAUCUUUUGUCUGCUAUAGCACAGGAUAAGGGAUGGGGGUGCAGGUUAUAACAUAGCACAGAGCAUAUGCAAGAUAAUAGGAGAUGCAUAACAUGCUGGUAGUUAUAUACCAUUCAGUACCUACCGUAGGGUACAGAAAACUUUUUGUAGUAGAACUAUGCAGACAAAAUGCCUUGACAUUGGCUGCAUAUUUUACGCUUUAAGUUGACGGUUUCAUGAUCUUGUCUUCGAGUCUUAGUUACGUUAAAAAAUGGAGAGAAUAGGAUCCGAUGGUGCUCGCCCCAGAUUCACUACCACAAACCGAACACCUUAUGCUGUGGUUUAGUUAAGGACUACCCCCAGAUUCACUCGAUUUACAACAUCAACCACUUAGUUUAAAGGUCACAACACAAAAGAUCAACAAUUUCUUGGCCUCACCCACAAAAGGCCUAAAUUUGUCAUUUAUAAAGAUGAUAUCUAGUCUCCCCUGGGUUAAAAAAAGUGCACUUGUGUUCACUUUCUCAUUAUUGGCCAUCUGGAGGACCACGUGAAUCGCAGUCCAUACUAACAGCCCGACACUCGUUGACAACAGGAGCUGGGAUCGGGGCCAUGCGGGGUCUUUCUUUAUUUUUGUACUUUUAAAGCAAUUCAAAACCAGAGGCGUCCUCAAUCAAGCCUCGGGAGGCUUUAUCUAAUUCAUGAACUCAGUAAAUAAGACUCAGGUUUGUAGCAGAACCCCCACUUUUAGGGUCCCUCCCCAGCACCUGGAGCAAGGGAGAGACCAAUACGACACGAGGAUAAGAAAAAAAUGGAAUGAAGAAAUUUUAUUAGCACAUUGAUUUGCAGCAUUAGGGGGAAGAGAUUCUAUUUCAUUGGUUGUGAUGACUGUAGCCUGUUAAAAGUGUAUUUUAAGUUUUAUUGUCCUUUUUUCUCGGGUGUUAAUAUUAAACACUGAAGUUGAUCUAC